AGUCAACUCUCCGGCGGCGGCCGCAGUAGCAGCAGCAGCCGCCGCGGCCAGCGCGUCCUUCCCGGGCCGCAGCUCCGUCAGUCCGGCCUCCCGAGGUCACGAGCGCAGGCCGAGGUCCCGCCGCGUGGGGCGGCCAGCCUCGCGCUCGGCUCUCCGGCCUCGGGCACCGCGUCCUGCAGGGCGGCCUCCUUCCUCGCCUGCGGCCCCGUCGCCUCCUGGCCCCCCUCCGUCGGCCGCUGCCAUGGGCACCGACAGCCGCGCGGCCGGGGCGCUGCUGGCACGGGCCCGCACCCUGCACCUGCAGACCGGGAACCUGCUGAACUGGGGUCGCCUGCGGAAGAAGUGCCCGUCCACGCACAGCGAGGAGCUUCGAGAUUGUAUCCAAAAGACCUUGAAUGAGUGGAGCUCCCAAAUCAGCCCUGAUUUGGUCAGGGAAUUUCCAGAUGUCUUGGAAUGUACCGUAUCUCAUGCAGUAGAAAAGAUAAAUCCUGAUGAAAGAGAAGAAAUGAAAGUUUCUGCAAAACUCUUCAUUGUAGGAUCAAACUCUUCAUCAUCAACUAGAAAUGCAGUUGACAUGGCCUGUUCCGUCCUUGGAGUUGCACAGCUGGAUUCUGUGAUCAUUGCUUCACCUCCUAUUGAAGAUGGAGUUAAUCUCUCCUUGGAGCAUUUGCAGCCUUACUGGGAGGAAUUAGAAAACUUGGUUCAGAGCAAAAAGAUUGUUGCGAUAGGUACCUCUGACCUAGACAAAACUCAGUUGGAACAGCUGUAUCAGUGGGCACAGGUAAAACCAAAUAGUAACCAAGUUAAUCUUGCCUCCUGCUGUGUGAUGCCACCCGACUUGACUGCAUUUGCUAAACAAUUUGACAUACAGCUAUUGACUCAUAAUGAUCCAAAAGAACUGCUUUCUGAAGCCAGUUUCCAAGAAGCUCUUCAGGAAAGCAUCCCUGACAUUCAAGCACAUGAGUGGGUGCCCCUGUGGCUACUGCGGUAUUCGGUCAUUGUUAAAAGUAGAGGAAUUAUCAAAUCAAAAGGCUACAUUUUACAAGCUAAAAGAAGGGGUUCUUAACUACGACUUAGGAUCAUAACCUACUGACUUGUAUUUUCCUUGAAUAGAAGAUAAAAUUGAGAUGUAUAAAAAUUAGUUACUGCCUGUAAAUGGUGUCAUGGAGGCAGAUAUUCUUCAGUUAUAUUUGACAAUAUGUUAUCUGUCAAGAUUUGAAUACUUCUCUUGCCUCCAUAUCAGUUCACUCACAUGAACUCCACUGUAUUGUUUUCAUUAAACUAUUGUUUUCUAAUUGAAAUU